AUGCCGGCUGCGGAAAUUGGUCUUGUGUUUUUCGUUAUCCUCUCUUCGUGUUCUGGGAUGUUUCUUAACGUUCUCGUCGCUUCCUCCAGCUUCGGAGCGUGGCGCAAAGACAAGUUCCAAACUUCUCAAGACCUCAUCGUGUUCUUCAUGGGGUCGUCCUGUGCGGUCUUCUCAGGCUUCCAAUUUCUGAUUGAUAUGUCCUCUUAUUUUUGGGUUUCUCCGUUCCAAGGCCCAAACCUUUGUUUAAUUGCCAUAAAUUCCAUAUAUAAUUUCAUCGUCUUCUUCAGCAUAUCCAUGACGGCUUGGCUCUGUGUCUUCUACUGCGUCAAGAUCGUUUCCCUCAAUCAUCACUUCCUCAUAGCUAUGAAGUCCGGGUUUUUGGCAAAUCUUCCACGUUUGAUUGCAGGAACCUUUUUCAUCUCCAGCGUUUUACUAAUCGUACCGAUCUGUGUGGCUUUUACCAGUAUUCCCGUAGAGAGCGCUGAUAAUAGCACCAUAUACUGCCAGAAAGUCAAUCAUACCCUAAUGGACAAUGUUUUUUUUAUAACUGGCAAGUCUACCUUAAUUGUAGUGGUCCCAUUUCUUCUCAUUAUGUUGUCUCUGGGAACCACAGUCACCUCUCUUGUUCGGCACGUCCGUAGAAUACAAAUUUCAUCCGUCCUCCAUAACUCCAAUGUACAGGCGCACGUGAAGGCCGCCAAAAUCAUGACUCUGCUCCUCAUACUGAACGUCUCCUUCUACUUAUCUUCUGUAAUCCUGAAUUGGAAAGUGGUGAUUGGAAACCACUUUGUGAAUUUAAUUUUGGUGAAUGUGAUUAUUUACUAUAUCUUCUGGCCCCUGCAGGCCCUCACUUUACUCUUCAGAAACCCCAACUCCAGUCCAGUUGCCUUCGUCUGUUUCUGCAGGUGGCCUUCUGUAUAG